UGUGGUUUUGGAGGGCCUGUGACUCAGAAAUCUAAAACGCGGCGGGGUGGUUUUUUGGUUCAGGGUGGGGAAGAAUUAAUUAAGGUAACUACUAAUAUGCCUGAGGCACCAACACAUAACAACACAGACGGAAACCCGCCAAGUUUCCCGUUCAGGAAAAAACCACAGUGGGAUAUAGUAGGUCAAAAAAACAUGCGGGUUGACUGGAAAUUCCAAAAAAAGAAAAGACAUGAAAAUAUAAAUUGCAGUAGAGAGCAUGAUAAAGCGCAGUCGUGGGGAGCAAUCUACAUAAUAGCAAAACAAGGACUGAAGUUGUAUAUUCAAAUGUUAACAAAUACUCACCUCACAUCCCCAUUUUUUGGAAAUUACAGGGCAGACAAAAUACCAGCUCGUCUGGUAUGGAAUUUCCAGGUUAGCCAAGCAAACGCUAAUCCGAAACCUGGGCCUAUGUUGAACCAGCUGCGGAGAAUCCACAAGGAACUUGGAAUCUCUCAUGAAGUCGAAAACUUCCAGGAGAUGAAUUCGUCGUACCACGAGCUCGACGAAUUUCAGCAAAUACCCUGCUCAAUGGUCACUUCCCUGCUGGUGAAAUCUAUCCACAUCUAAGCGGUUUUGAGAAAUUCUUCAACGAAGCCAUAUAUCCAAAUGCGACGGACAUUGCGUAACGCAGAGUACAACGGCUCACUCUUGGGGAGGAAACAUGUCACAAAUGCAACUAGAACAACUAAAAUAAUCAUUACUGAGUAAGGAUUGCGCUGUUUUUUGGUAUGGUGGAUAAAAUUUCAACAAAAUACUUCGGGACAAGUAACCGUCUUGGGACGAACAGCUCACGAGAAUCCGU